AUGGCCCACGGACCGCAAGAGCCAGAAGCCUCUUGGCCGCCUCGAUCGCCCCACGAAGCCCUCAUGAGCACCCCUAAAGGUCGCGAGCGCUACCGAGAAAUGAUGAAUCAGACUUCCCCCUCACCUUCUCCAUCCCGCAGCAGCAGCAGGGCUAUGGCCUCGGUCAUGGCGCGGUCCGGGGCGCUCCAGGAACAAAUGGAUGAUGAUGACGAAGACGACGAUGAGGAGACGCUCCAGCUGAAGCUGCAAGAGAUUCAGGCUCGCCUCAAGCUGAAGAGGCUUCAAAAGGCCAAGGAGUCUGCCGCUCAGGGUAGGGCCGCCGUGAGGCAUUCCCGCUCAAACUCGGCUGCGGCAGUCAUGCAACCUCAACGCGCCAUCCGUGGAACGACACCAGUGUCCGACAAUCCCAGGCCUUCAUCACAGAGCAAGGUGGUGCCUGCGUCUCCCGUCAGAAAAGUACAACCAAUGUCGGACCCAAAAUCACCGAGUAGGGUUCUGCUGGGGAUCGACAAGGGCUUGCGGGCAAAGGACAUAUCACUGAAACGCGCCCCAAGCUUUCGGAAGACAACAAGCGGCGAUUCAGCCGCUCAACGAGGCUAUCUUCAGAGGUCCAAGGCCGCCAGCCCGUCAGGAACAAGAUCGCCUGAAGAAGAGUACCGGCCGCUCAGUUUCAAUGAGCGCCUGGCGUCGGCGAGGUCGGAAGAAAAGUCUCGCGCCGAGAGGCAAGAGAGGAUAUCAAAGUUGAGAACCAGUGCGUUUGAAAUUGGCAAGGAGGAAAUGGAAGAGUAUAAGAAAAACGCCGUUGAUAUUCCCGACGUGCCUUUGCAAGCCCCGUCUUUUAGCAGAGACGAGGUCUUGGGCAAGCAGAAAUCAGUCGCCUCAGCGUUACAGCGGACCAGCACAGUAUCUGAUCUGCGUACCGCCGCAGAAAGGGACCUCAAUCCUCCAAUUACAUCGUCGCGUCGAGAACGGCAGAACAGCGUGGCCAACAGUGUGGCCACCAGCGACGCUUCCACAGAGGAGCAGGGCGCGUUUGAGCCUUACUCCAGCAUGCAUCUUUCGAAACGGAUACUACCUCAUCGAGUUGUUGCAAGGCAUGUGUCCGGCAAGAAGGUCUUCAAUGUCAAAGAUCUUUUACGUGAGGUCAAGGCUCCCGAUUUUGCCCUGCCAGAGGUCGAAGAAGACAUUGUCGUCUUUGCGAUUGUGGCCAAGAAAUCAGAGCCUCGAGCACACAAGCCUGCCGCGGGCAAGAACGGGCAGAAGGCGGAGGACCGCGGCAAAUACAUGGUGCUGACUCUGGUUGACCUGGAGUACGAACUCGAUCUAUUUCUAUUCAACUCUGGCUUCACUAGAUACUGGAAGCUUACCGAAGGCACCGUUGUCGCCAUUCUCAACCCCAACGUGAUGCCGCCACCACCCGGAAGACAAGACACGGGACGCUUCAGCUUGGUCAUCAACUCUGAUGAAGAUACAAUUCUCGAAAUCGGAUCAGCCCGUGACUUGGGCUUCUGCCAGUCGAUCAAGAAAGAUGGAGAAAUGUGCAGAUCUUGGGUGAACAAGAAACGGACUCAAUACUGCGAGUUUCACUCCAAUGAAGCCAUCAGAAAACAACGAUCAACACGCAUGGAAGUCAACUCAAGCGGGUUUGGUGGUGGUGGUGGCAUUCGUUUUAAGGGUAAAAACUCGGCAGAGAUAUCUAUACCGGACAAGAAGAAGCCCAACAACUACGACUGGGAAACAAAAACGCACUGGUAUGUAGCAAAAGGACACACGGCCGCGGAUCUUAUUGACGACAAGGACCGAGAUCCUUCAGAUCGAAAGGACAAGGCAGAAUUUCUACGACGAAAUAUGGAAGCCAAAGAAAAGGAACGCGAGAUGAUGAAGAAGCUCGGCCAGGUCGGUAAUGCCGCCGGAAAAGAGUACAUGCAACGUUCAGGAUCACGAAUCGACGCAGGCGGCCCAACACCGCCCAGCAGCAUGAGCUCGAGCCAACAGUUAUUCAACUCAGACGAUCCCUUUGCCGAACCUGCAAAACCAGAUGCAGUCACUCUCGGUCUCUUAGACAGGGCCCGAGACAUUCACCUCAGCCCAGUCAAGAGGAAACGGACCGGCAGCUCUCAGCCCGGAUCCCUUACCCGGAGUAACAGUGUCAAUAGCAGCAGCACGACCUACAGCAGACCAUCUGGCCUUGGAUGGGGCGGCGCGUUAAAGGACAAGCUAUCGAGCAUGAAAGAUGGAGAGAAACUCAAGCCAGAGCAACCACCACUCAGGAAGAAGACGCGGUUUGUGACGGAAAAGGGCAUCCGGGAGGCUGGUCGCGAGAGCUUUGGCAACCUGGCCGAGAAGAACCUAGCCGACCGACAAGUUCUUCUUCAAGAUGACGAUGACGAAGACGAGCUGGUCAUUGUGAGGUAG